GGAUUAAGUGUCUAUUCGCGAAGGAUAGUUUUCGCGCGAAUUUUCAGGUGUUACGAUUGUUGUUGGGUGCCGCCGCCGCUACCGCGGCGCAACAUUGCACUUUCAAACUUUCGAUCGAUUUGUAGCCGAUGCAAAGAACGUAAAGCAAAACGGGCAUCGCGUACGGCUUGUCCUCCAACGCGACUUUUAUCAUGCUUCUCGAUGAUCGUUCGAUUCCGCUUUAGAACGACAUACCGUUUCUGUGAAAACGUUCGAAAACGUAACCGGGUAUCACACCGCAUAUAAAUCGAUAUAUACAUACUAGUGUGUGUACAUAGGCGUGUUUGUGUACGUGACGCUUAAACGUAGGUGUAUAUACAGGAUAAUUAAAUAUUCCUUUGAAAUGUGGUUACGAAGUGAACAUGUUGGUAGAAGACUGCGUGGUCGUUUUACUUUAAGCACUGUACCCAGAUCCAAAGUUUCCAACCAUCGAGUACAAGUUGGCAGUUUGCGAAAACUUCCAUCUAUCAGUAAUAAUAACCAUCGCAUUAACUCGCCAAACAAAUGUGGCAGGCUAACACGUUGGAGGCAUAGAUGCACACAUUUUUUGAAAGAGGCUUGUAAAGAAAAUGUUUUACAUUUUGCGAAGUCUGCGCCUAUUAGACGAGAGAGAGGACCUCGUAGAAGAAAAUGCAUAAAACGGUCAAUGGUUACUUCAACUCCAUUACAUCGAUCAUCUGCAAAAGAUGCAAUUCCUCCAUCAAAAUGCACAACAGUAUCUAAAGUUACUGACGAUUCUAAAGAAAACUGGAAUACAACUAUUUUAUCUCUAUACUCAUCCAUAUUAAAUACAGAUUCAUGUUGUUCCUCCAUAUCUACUAUAAAUGACUUUAAGCCUUCCAUUCCGAACGUAUCACCCUUGACAAAUCUAAUGCCUCCAGCAUCUAUAGGAUCGCAUUCAGACCUUUCAUAUGUAUUAGACAAUGAAGAUCCUAAGAAUAAUGAUACCAGUUCACUGUAUUAUUCUGCUUCCUCCUGCACAGAAACAGAAACAUCCGAAGAAUGCUAUAGUUUAAUACAUUCUACAUCCAUGUAUGGAGCUCGUGCUUUCUUACCAGAAAAGCAUUUUUUAAGUGGAAAAUACGCACUUUGCAACAAUAAUGAAAAUAACAGUAGUUUAUCGAAAAAUCAAUAUUCUCUUGACAGUCAUUCAUCAAAAUAUGAAUCAAGUUUUACUACUACAAAGUACAGUACAUCAACCAUGUACAGCAUAAGUCAUCACCAUUCACCUGAUACCAAUGGAAAUGUUACUGAAAAAUAUAAUUCCGAUGACAUUGUUAGCGAUUACCACAAUGUUGAAUACAUGGAAGUUGGUAGCGAAGAAAUAGUAGAAAGUUGUGAUGUGGAAAAUAUGGUUACUCAUGUGCAAGAAGACUGGGAACCAUUCGACCCGUAUGUCUUCAUUAAGCACUUACCACCUUUAACUCCAGCAAUGAGAGCCAGAUGUCCUGCUCUUCCACUCAAAACACGUAGCAGUCCAGAAUUCAGUCUAGUAUUAGAUUUGGAUGAAACGUUAGUUCACUGCAGUUUACAAGAACUUUCGGAUGCUGCAUUUCGUUUUCCAGUCGUCUUUCAAGAUGUAACGUACACAGUGUUCGUCAGAACACGGCCAUAUUUUCGUGAAUUUUUAGAACAUGUUUCGUCACUGUAUGAAGUAAUUCUUUUUACCGCGAGUAAACGAGUUUACGCCAACAAAUUAAUGAAUCUGUUAGAUCCUACAAGGAAGUUGAUUAAAUACCGUCUGUUCAGAGAACACUGUGUUUGCGUUAAUGGAAACUAUAUAAAGGAUCUGUCUAUAUUGGGUAGAGAUUUAUCUAAAACUGUUAUUAUUGAUAAUAGUCCGCAAGCAUUUGGAUACCAGUUGGAAAAUGGUAUCCCAAUAGAAAGUUGGUUUGCUGAUCGUUCAGAUAAUGAAUUAAUGAAGUUGUUACCUUUUUUAGAAAACUUAGUAAACUGGGGAGGGGACGUUAGGCCACGCAUUAGAGAACAGUUUCGACUUUUUAGUUUUUUACCACCAGAUUAAUUUAAGUAGUAAGCACAAAAUUAAUGUGGAAGUACCAGCUUACGACGGUAUAUACAUGUAUGUAUAUCUUAAAAAU